UCACUCCUCCAAACUGCUCCACAAACACACUGGUCUCCUCCUCAAGGACCUCCCAGGAUGCCGUGGCUGGUCUUGAUGCUCGCUCUGGACGUCCUCUUGUGUCCAAAGGAUGGCAGUUUGAUGUUUGUUGGAGCUCCGCGGCUCCGUGGCCCCGUGGUGGCAUUGGUCAAGGACGUCGUAGAUUUCCAGUGUGAGGUGACGUCAUGGACCAACGAGUCCGUCCUCCUGCAGCUCUUUAAGCAGGAGGACUGGAGCCAGCUGCUGGCUGAGUACACCUCCAUGGAUGGACAAGUCGGACACUUCCCCAUCCUGGUCACAAAGUCCCACCAGGGCAACCUGGUGUGCGAGGCGCGAGUGCAGAACAACUCCAACAUCCAGCCCGCCGUCAGCUCCGCCCACCACCUGAAGGUCAUAGGUCAGCUGGGUUCAGUGAAGGAGACACCAGAACAAGGAGACGCUGCCGUGACCAGAAUGCUGCACACUGGAACCAGAACCAGAACCAGAACCAGAACCAGGACCAGGCAGCCGCAACGGAGCGAUGGUGACUGGAAUCUUGGAGAACCCGUGCGUGAUGCAGAGCUGGUGGUCCUGUCGGGUCCAGUGGACAUAUUUGAGGGGACGACACUGAUGCUGUCCUGUAAGGUCACAGCGGGGAAUCACCUGGUCUACAGGUGGCUGCUGAACGGUCGCGUCAUCGCUCAGUCUCUUCGCCGCCAUCCUUCACACGACCAGCUGCUCAUCCACAGAACCGUCUCUGAGGACAGCGGCUCCUACGUGUGUGUCGUGAGCAACCAGUUCAACGAGACACACGUCUUCACUGCCAACAGCUCCGACAUCAUCAUCACAGUCAAGGACUUGGUAUCAAAUCCUGAUAUUGACUUCAACAUUGUCUUCAUAGAGAACUCGGAUAUGUAUUUAGCCCAGGUCAGGUGUCAGUCAGGCAGAGGGACUCCGCCCAUCGCCUUCUCACUCUACAACCGGACCAACCUGGUCCACAAUGUGACAGUCGACGAGCCAAAGGCAACAUUCAUGGUGCCGGUGAAACCGGGCCAACACUCAGGAUUGUUCCAGUGCCGUGCAAACAAUGGAGGCCAGGUUGUGUCCAGUCGAUGGCUCACCUUAGACGUCGACCCAGUCAGCGGACCUGUGACACUUCGUUAUGACUAUGACAUCGGAGAAGACUUUGCUGUGAUUGGCCUGAGGUUGUACUGCAACGUGGCAAAGGGUUCACAUCCCCGGUACCAGUGGUUCUUCAACGGUACCCUCCUGCAAGGCCGAGGUAGCUUCUUCUGGGUGGUGGACGGACCUGCAGACGGGUCAGUGCUGCUGCUGUCUGUAGGGGACAACAGCACGGGAACGUACCAAUGCAAGGUGUCCGAUGGUCUCAACAGCGCCGCCGCCGCCAUCAGCAGCCGCGAACAAUAUCUGGACAAACAAGGACUCAACCAACUUCCUGUGUCCGUGGUAGGCGUGGUCUUCGGAAGUUUCACCUUCCUGGUUUGUUUGGUGUGGAUUUGUUGUUGGGUUUCUGUUUUGUUCAGGCGAUGGCGAACCGGACCAACACCUGGGUUGGACAUGAAGAUGGACAACAUGGAGUCUACUGAGGACGAGCUGGACGUGUCCACGUUUGCAGACGACGUUGAGGAGCUGAUGGACUGGAUCAGGUGUCCUACGCCUCCGAAGAGGAAACAUAAAGAUGAAGAAGACGUCCAACCUGCCGUCACAUCAUUUAACUCACUAACUCUGACUAACUCAUCACCAAACCACUGCCGCGCCAUCAGUAGUGGAUCUGUUUCAUUUAUGGCAACAUUUUCUAAAUGUUUCAGACAUUUUCAAUGAAGCUUCUUAAUAAAACACAGUAAUAAUAAUAAAAAAAAAGAAUCUGACCAUUUACCCUGAAAAAUAUUGAAAUAAGAAAAGACAUUAAAUACAUAAGAAUAAUAUCAUUUUAUGAUGUAUUAAUGAACA